CAUACUUAAGCCUUAAAGCUGCAUCAAGCAAUUUUUGAACACCUGAGGACAGAAAGUAGAUUCCAAAAUUAACACCCAGCAUAAACAGCAACAUUCUCUCUAGCCACCUGUUGCAUGCAAAUCCAAUAUCCAGUUGCACUGUAGCCCUGGUUUGGUCCAGCAGUUCUUGCAAAAGAUCAGAGUCUCUUUGUUUUGCUAGACGUUUGACUUUCUUCACCAUCUGCUUGUUCACUGUUUGUUGGUUCAAGCUAGACAAGCAGUGAACAGUCAGCUUGUCUGAUUUUCUGUGGUGGGAGCAGCUGUUCACAGUUAUAUUUGAGGUGCCAGGGUGAGCCGCUGUAGCUAAGCACUUACAAAAUGAUAUCUAGGACCAAUAAACCAGAAUAAUAAAACCUGCAAAGAGCAGCAGACUGGGAUGUAGCUUUUCACCAUUUCACAUUACAGGUACUGAAAUAAUUAAAUGCUAGUUUUGAAAAUAUUGCUUAAUGGUAAUACAGGUAUACAUAUAAAUAUUUUAUAUAUUCCAUGUGUAAUUGAUGAAUCUUCAAGUUUUGUACAUUUCUCUUUAGUCAUUUUUUAUUUAUUGACAAAAUAAAAUUGCUACAAUAUUCAAGUCAGUUGACGUUCUUUUGAGAAAAAAAAAAAGAUCGAACCAAGUGAAACAAAGAGUCCUCUCUGUACAGUCACUAGCUUUUUCUUUUCUGUCUUUUUCCUCUUCUUUUCUUUCCUUUUAACAAACAGCAAAUUGUAAAUGUACUUUCCACCCCCGUUGAUGCCCUGGAUGGUCCAUAAUAUCACCCUCUAUGUGUCUACAUGGGAAGGCUCCGCUCCUUUGAGCCUACAAGUCGAUAUCCAGGGACAAUUUUGCCCAGUACCCUGUCUGCGUGAGCAUGAGAAACAUGGCGGAAAGCGAGUUGAACGUUGACAGCCUCAUCUCUCGAUUACUGGAAGUGCGAGGAUGUCGUCCAGGGAAGAUCGUACAGAUGACAGAGGCUGAGGUGCGAGGGCUCUGCAUCAAGUCCAGGGAGAUUUUCCUCAGUCAGCCAAUCCUGCUAGAACUGGAGGCUCCCCUCAAAAUCUGUGGUGAUAUCCAUGGACAGUACACAGACUUGCUGAGGUUAUUCGAGUAUGGAGGUUUUCCUCCAGAGGCCAACUAUCUGUUCCUGGGGGAUUACGUAGACAGAGGAAAACAGUCACUGGAAACCAUCUGCCUGCUGCUCGCCUACAAGAUCAAAUACCCAGAAAAUUUCUUCUUGCUCAGGGGGAACCACGAGUGUGCCUCCAUCAAUCGCAUCUACGGCUUCUAUGAUGAGUGUAAGCGCAGGUUUAACAUAAAGCUCUGGAAGACAUUCACAGACUGUUUUAAUUGCCUGCCCAUUGCUGCCAUCAUCGAUGAGAAGAUCUUCUGUUGCCAUGGAGGGCUCUCACCUGAUCUACAGUCCAUGGAGCAAAUUCGACGCAUUAUGAGACCCACUGAUGUCCCAGAUACAGGCUUGUUGUGCGACCUGCUGUGGUCGGACCCAGACAAAGACGUCCAAGGAUGGGGGGAGAACGAUCGGGGAGUUUCCUUCACCUUCGGGGCCGACGUGGUCAGCAAGUUCCUCAACCGCCACGACCUGGAUCUUAUCUGCAGGGCACAUCAGGUUGUUGAAGACGGCUACGAGUUCUUUGCCAAGCGACAGCUGGUGACGCUGUUUUCUGCCCCCAACUACUGCGGGGAGUUUGACAACGCAGGCGGCAUGAUGAGUGUCGAUGAGUCCCUCAUGUGCUCCUUUCAGAUUCUGAAGCCGUCAGAAAAAAAAGCAAAGUACCAGUAUGGAGGGGUGAAUUCAGGACGCCCAGUCACCCCGCCUCGCACCACUCAGGCACCUAAAAAGAGGUGAGUGGCUGGCCCUGACUCUCCUGCUCCUCCCCCCGGCUGGUCUCUGGCCCACGUCUCUGCAGGCUGCCUCAAACACUCCAGCCUUCUCUCAGUAAGCUUGUUCAUGUGUAAACAGAAACUCCAGGAGUGUUUUUUGCUUGUUCUGUGGGUAUUUUUAUGAACACACGAGUGGUAUUUUCUCCAUUUUUUCAAUGCCAUGGUAUGUAUUAACUCAGUCCUCAUUUCUACUGCUCAGUCCAUUCAGCAAUAUUAAAACCAACCCCUUGUAGAACGGGCACAGUGUUAAGAAAAGAUGCUUCUCUGCCUUCAGAUUAAUAACUUCCAUUGUGAUUUUGUGAAUGCAUGCACACUUGUGAGACUGAGAUGGGUUCUUUGCCCUAGUUGAUUUAAAAUCCUCAACAACAGAGAAAUUCUCCCAAACCACAGGUCCCUUCUAUAUUGGCCAAAGAUAAAAAAGGAAUAGUUUGAUACUUUGGGAAAUAAGCAAAUUUGCUUUCUCUUCGACUCAAGAAUGUUAUUCCUCCACGUGGAUAUAUCAAUAAAAUCCUGAGAUUCUGAUGAUACAAUGUGCAAUAAAUAAUGCAAGGAAUCUUGCCAAAUGCAAGCAAAAACAUUUGUAAAGGCCAUAGAAGCCUACUUUAAAAAACUUUAAAAAGCUGACACAGCCAACUCCUGCUGUACCUUUACUAGGGCAUUCAUAAACAAUAAAAAUCUGCAUUAGUGUUUCCAGCCUCAGCUCUGAACAUUUUUCACCCCUCACCUCACUGAACGAGCAUUUGUGAUUGUUGAAGAGCAGAAUUUCCAUUAUCGGUAUGAGGUAGGGAAAAAAGCAAUGCAAUAGCGUAAAAGGUUCCUUUAUUGUUCUGAUGUAAAUUUAAUGUAUGUGGAAAUGUUGGAACCAAAAAUCAGUGAGCACUUUGAGUUUGUGUCCUUUAGUCUGGUAAGUACAGUAGGUGUGUAGAAACGUAGAGGCGGAUAUGACCGCGCAAGAGAAGGUGGUAUAUAAAAGAAAUGUGCAGAACUGACCAGUGCAGGACUAAAUAACAGUUAUCAGUAUAUUAACUUUUACAGCGUUAAAAGCUGUUAGUUCUUCACCGCAGUAGAUGUCGACCUCUCUCACUCUGAGCAUUGUUGCACUUCCAGUCAUCGCAUGACAUUGUAAAGAGGUCAAUACCAUCAAGUCAAGAUGAUACUGUUUGUUGUUGGCAUAAUGCUAGUUAUAUUACAUUGUUCCCACUUAGUGGUUAUUGAAUGAAGUACAGUAAAUCAUUUCCAACUCACUAAUGAACAUUUAACCUAUGUGAUUUUAUUUAUUUAAAUCUUGCCUUUUGCCUUGUACAUCUAUUGGUCUUCAAGUUGGAAACAGUAUGUUAAAGAUGUUUAGAGAUUUGUAUGAGAUUGUUUCAAACGAGUGAAAUAAAUGGAAGUGCUGUUGA